AUGGAGAGCGCUGAAAUAAUGGAAUGUGUCACUGUCAAGAAUGGAGACAAUUCAAGGAUAAUACGAAACUAUCAAAGCAGUUACAAAUGGAGAAGACGAAGAGAUUACGAGAGAGCAGGUAUUCGCAAUGGACGACGUCGAUUCCCGCAAGGUCAGGCAUUGCCUUGCACAUCAGCAGCGUCCUUAUUUGUCACUAUUUUCGUAUGUUGUUCUCUGGUUUACCCAAGUACAUUGACUUGUCAAGCACGCACCAUUCGACAGCGUCACCCUGGAACCAAACAGAGACAAGGAAACAGGAAUGAGAGUGGUGGUGGUGACCAUAUGAGAAGCAUGCCUUCGAGCAUGACAAAUGAUGGCCAUGGUCAUCUCGAUGAAAGAACCUCUGCUUUCUUCUUCCAAUGGAUACGAAGAGUGUGGAAAGUAGAUACAUCCUUGGUGGAACUGAAGGAAUUUCAGUACAGCAAUUACGUUGAGGCGAUGAAGGACAAAGUUGAUGUUUUCUAUGACGAGGAUACAAGAUACUACAACUCGUACCAUCAGAUUGGUGAAGGAAGAGGGGGGCUAGAUUACUGGGAACCAAGCGAUAGCCAAAAUGGCGAAGCAUUCGAGACUGGCCAUCAAGGUGACAGGAACAAAGAUAAUGGGAUGGCAGCAGAUGAUUCUGAAAUUCAGAACGGAAUGGGAAACGAUUCUAAUCAUGACCGAGAUAAUGGAUCUUGGGAAGACAAUGGCGACGACGAUGAUGCCGACGAUGACGAUAAAUACUUGAGCGUUCUAGAUUAUCCUCCAGUGUCAACUAGGGGGCUGGCAGCGACUCGAGAUAUCGAGGCAGGUGAGAUUAUUCUUCAAAUACCGCAUGCCGCCCUUUGGACCGUCUCCAAUCGCAUCGACAAUGAUCCUAUUCUAUCCGAAGUCUUGGGAUUUGAGGCUCGUUUGAUACAUUCUUGGGAUGCUCCAUCCGAUGAGAUCCCAUUACUUGCUGUUGCUCUUUUGUAUAAUUUUGAACUAUGGCGACAUGCUGAUGAAGAACAGGGAGAGUCGCCUCAUGGAGCCUAUUUGCAACUUCUUGAUGAUAUCAAUGUCCAUGACCUCAUUCCACACUUGUGGGAUUCAAAGACACUUCGACGAUCGACAACAGUUGGCGUUCGUAAGGUCGCCAAGGCCAUCCAAAAGGAUGUGAAGGAACUCUACCAAAGGAUCAUGGUACCCCUAAUUGAAGAGCACCCACAAAUUUUUGGAAACUAUCAGGACACUUAUACUACAUACGAGGAUGACGAAGAAGAGUUUUCAAGUGCUGACGGUGACGAUGGACUACAAAAGGAACACUAUCGGGACGAAGAGUGGUUGUUUUCCCUGGAACGCUUCCAUUGGGCGUUCGCAUUGGUCAACUCACGGCACUGGCAUUUACCCAUUCCCGAUGAAGCCAAACCGACUAGCGAAGGCGAUACUGCAAAGACCGAUUCAGAAGAUCAAAUCGAUGAGAAUGGAUCUCCACCCGCAUCCAUGCCAACCGAUGAAUGGAUGGAUUUGCAACAGGAAAUGGAACACAGACGGGAUGAAGAAGAAAGACGAAGUGCGGAAGAAGAAUCGCAUCACAAUGGUGGUAGUGAUGAAUGGGCUGUGGGAAAUUCAUUUCUAGCACCACUGGCCGACUUGCUCAACUUUGGACCGCCCAGUACCCGCGGAGUGUACAAUGCUACCACUCAUACCUUUGAUAUUGUUGCGACCGGUCCCAUUGCUCAGGGACAAGAAAUCACCUUCUGGUAUGUUGAUGCCUGCCAAGAUGUUUUUAUGGCCAACUACGGAUUUACCAUGCCCAUGAUGGUGCCACCUUGUGAAUCUCAGCGGUACCAUAACGAUGAGACUGGUGGUAGAUUUCUUUCCACCGCCCAAUUUGCUCAGCGACUGGAACAAGAACUCCUGUCAACCUUGGACGAACUAGACCAUAUGGAUGACCAAAUGGAGCACUUGGUUGGGGCAUUGAAACUGUGCGACUGUACACCGGGUACCCAUGAAUCACCCGAUCAGCCGAAACACACACCGAGUGGCAGUCCUGUUCCUUCGAAUGGGAAUUACGAGCAACAAAGGCCGGGAAGAAGACCACCCAAACGUACUGAUAGAAAUUAUGGUGACCGCAAUCAGGCCCGACAUGCCAUUCGUGGUGCCGACCACAAUUCGCCUGUGUCUUCCAUCCGCAAUGCUGAUAGUCGUCGAAGUGAAAGCUUAAGCCGAUCCCAGAAACGAAAACGGCGAAACGACAACAUGUCCUCCGCUCGAGACUUGUGA